AUGUACGGCCUCUCCACAGAGCAGCUCGUAGGGCUCUACAACAACGCGCGGAAAUGGUUCACUCUGGGCAAUUUUCUCGUUGGGCCAGUAACUUUUUUCAUUGAUGCGCCGUUUGGCCGCUUCACUCCCGCUGAGGGCAGUUUCUUCCACGGCAUGUUUUUGGUGGAUGGCAUCAAGGCGUGGAUUGUUAUGGAGCUCGUCUCUCCGACCUUCUUCUUGUAUACAUUCUUCAAUGCGCCGCUUUCUGGCGGCGUGGUACCCUCCGUAACGCUGGGCAGCCCCCUUAGCCUUCUUGUCGGUGCCUAUUUUAUCCACUACCUCAACCGUGCUAUCCUCUCGCCGCUUCGCACCCCAUCGCGCUCCAAAGCCCAUCUAAUCACGCCUGCUAUUGCCGUGGUCUUCAACACAUUCAAUGGCUCCCUCCUUGGCGCGUUUUUCUCGUCGCCAGAUGCCCCGCAAUAUUCGGCCUUUUCUCGCACGAGCUUUUGGGUUGGUCUCGCGUUGUGGGCUUGGGGCUUCGUUGGAAAUGUUGUCCACGACGAGAUACUGCUUAAUCUCCGACGCAAGUCUAAUAGCAAGGGAAAGGCCAAGGAGAGCAAUGAGACUGUAAAGGGAACCGCGACUAAUGGACAAUUGAACGGCCAUACGAAUGGUCAUGCUAAUGGAAAAGUAAACGGAUAUACUAAUGGGACGGCCAGUGGUGGGAGCGCAAACGGAACUGCCAAUGGGAAGGCAAAUGGAAAUGCCAAUGGGAAUGCCAAUGGGAAGAGGACAAAUGGUCAUGCCAACGGCAAGACGAAUGGUGAGAGCAAGAGUGUCGGGGAGCACUACGCGAUUCCCUAUGGUCUUCUCUAUCAAUGGAUCUCCUACCCCAACUACUUCUGCGAAUGGAUCGAGUGGCUGGGCUUUGCGAUCGCUGCAGACCCCCGUCUGCUCAAUGCUGCCGUUUCGGGGUCACGUGCCAUUCUCCAGCCAGCGACGUGGAAAACAGCACUGACGGGCCCCGCUGCCGCUUUCUUCCCGCUCCUCUCUCCGCCGUGGAUAUUCUUCUUUGCGGAAAUCAUCCUCAUGUACCCGCGCGCCUAUCGGGGUCACCUGUGGUAUCUCAACAAGUUUCGAGAUAGCUACCCCAAAGAACGCAGAAUCGUUAUUCCCUUCUUGCACUAG